AGGAAGCUUAUCAUGAUGCUAUGUUCAGAGGAAGUAUAGCUUAUGACUGUAAUGUCAACAGAUAUGCAAACGUAAUUCAAGGCGAGUUAUUUUUCUAAUACCACCAGUUGAAAAAGAGAAUAGAAAAUGGCUGGGUGCAACACAGACUGCGUUGAGAAGCCUAUAGCUAAGGGAUUUGAAAUAUUUGGGCGUUUUGUUGGUAGACACCCCUGGUGUUUUUUGAUUCUACCCAUGUUCAUCUCUGCGGGUCUUGGCGGAGGAUUUUACUUCCUUGCGGACAGAGAAGCGAACGGCAUUGAAGAGAUGUUUACACCUAUUGAUGGACCUGCCAAAGAUGAACGACAAGUAGUUAAAAAAUACUUUCCACAGGAUGAUAGCGACUUCUCUCGUUUGCGACUCUAUACUGAAGGGACCUUUGCAUCUCUCAUAAUUGUAACGCCUACAGCAAAUAUCCUCACAAUUCCUGCUUUUACAAAAAUUGUUGCUAUUGAUAGUGAAGUGAAAGCCAUUGAAGUAGAAACAUUUCAUUUCUCAAACCUUUGCGUUAAGAAAGGUGGUGUGUGCGUGUCAAAUUCAAUCUUUGAUAUUGUAAAACCUCCCAAUAAUGUUACCACAACAACUAUUGAUUACCCAUAUCAUGACAAACUUUUCAUCGCAUCUGAAGUCGGUGGUGUGAAACUGAAAACUGGAUCAACUGAAAUUGUAAGCGCAAAGGCCAUUCGACUUUUUUACUUCUUAAAAGAAGACAACCAGACUGUAAAUACGAUGUGGCUGCAGAAGUUUAUAGAGACUGCGUCGAUGAUGCAAAAAGAAGAAGGCAUGACCAUAUCUUAUUUCACAUCAAUAUCAAGGGAUGAAGAGUUUGAGAAGAGUUCUGACUCAAUCAUACCUCUCUUCUCAUUGACCUAUGCCCUGGCCAUCACUUUUUCAAUCAUUUCUUGUUUGAGGUUGGACUGUGUGAGGAAUAAGGUGUGGGUGGCAACCUUUGGUGUCCUCUCAGCUGGUAUGGCAGUGCUGUCCAGUUUUGGGUUGUUGCUGUACUGUGGCAUGCCCUUCGCUAUGACUGUGGCUACAGCUCCGUUCCUGAUUCUGGGAAUUGGUGUUGACGACAUGUUCAUCAUGAUUUCUUGCUGGCAGAAGACUCAAGUUCACGAUGACGUAGAGGAUCGUAUGGCAGCAACAUACAAAGAGGCAGCUGUUUCUAUCACCAUCACAACACUAACUGAUGCCCUGGCUUUCUAUAUUGGUCUGUUAACUCCCUUUGGUUCUGUACAGUCCUUUUGUAUGUAUACUGGCACAGCUGUCCUGUUCUGCUACUUGUACAACAUCACCUUCUUUGGUGCAUUUCUGUCACUGAAUGGAAGACGUGAAAAGGGCAACAGACAUUGGCUGACCUGCACGAAGGUUCCAGAACCAGAGGAGAAUUCUGAAAAGUACAAUAUCUGCUGUGUAGGGGGAGCUUAUGAUCAUGAAACGGGAGAAGAGGAACCAAUGCCAAUUAACAACUUCUUUAAGAUGUACUAUGGUCCAUUUCUAACAAAUACUUGGACCAAGGGGUUUGUGAUCCUGCUCUAUGCUGGAUAUUUGGGCUCAAGCAUCUAUGGUUGCUUCCAAAUCAAAGAGGGCAUAGACCUUAAAAACCUAGCAGCUGAUAGCUCAUAUGUGGGUAGCUAUUAUGAUAAUGACGACGAAUUCUUUUCAGAGUAUGGCCCAAAUGUUAUGGUUGUUCUGACAGAUAGUGAGUUUAAAUAUUGGGACGAAAGUGCUCGGAAUAAUCUUUACUCCUGCCUCCAAAACUUUGAAGGUCUAUCAAUGGUUUCUCAAAACAUGACCAUAUCUUGGCUCAAUGAAUAUCUUACGUUUGGAAAGCUGACCAAUUUGAAUCUAAGUGAGGAAAAUACAUUCAAAAGUAAUUUGUCUGCAUUUCUUAAGAGGUCUGAUUUCGUACAUGAUGUGAAUUUUACAGAUAACAUAUUAUAUGCGUCACGUAUGUUCAUUCAGACGGUCAAUGUCAGUACAGCUGUUGAUGAAAAGAACAUGUUGAAUGAACUUCGAGAGACGGCUAAUGAUAGUUCAGUAAAGUUGAUUGUUUACCACCCUGCUUUCAUUUACUUUGACCAGUAUGCAGUCAUUGUUAAUAAUACCAUCCAAAACAUUGUAGUUGCCACUCUUGCCAUGCUGGUCAUCUCCCUCAUGUUGAUCCCCAACCCCAUAUGUUCUCUGUGGGUGACCUUUGCCAUUGCCUCUGUCAUAGUGGGUGUUGCUGGUUUCAUGGCAUUUUGGCAUGUCAAUCUAGACUCUGUAUCCAUGAUCAAUCUUGUCAUCUGCAUCGGUUUCUCCGUGGACUUUUCUGCUCACAUUUCCUAUGCCUUUGUCUCUAGCGAUAAGAGAACCGCUAAUGAGAAGGCUGUAGACGCUGUCUAUCACUUGGGGUAUCCCAUCUUACAGGGAGCUGUGUCUACUAUUUUAGGAGUGGUGGUGCUGUCUGCAGCUGAGAGCUACAUCUUCAGAACCUUCUUUAAGAUCAUGUUCUUGGUCAUUUCGUUUGGGGUACUUCACGGCAUCGUGUUCAUCCCUGUUUUUUUGUCCUUCUUUGGAAUCUGCGGCGCUAAAGCUGGCGAUGAAAAAGACGACCCUCCUUAUAAUCCCUAUCAAUCGAAACGGAAAAAGAAUGAUAACAUUGCCUGUGAAAGCCAUUUGUGACUGCCCUUAAAACUGCUGAGCUGGGUGGUCAUGUUAACUAUUGAGAACGCUAAGCACUACCCCACCCCAGCUGCAGGAUUUGCACCUGUUUUCUAAUGAUAGCUAUCAGACAUAGAACGUAGAAAACAUGUCAAAUAAAAGUUCAUGAGAUAGGACAGGACAUUAUGGUAAAGUGUACAUUAAGACAUUUUAAUAUUGAUUGUGGUGUUUUAUCCCCUAUUGGAAGAAAAUAAAACACAUUGUGUAUGAACGCUUAGUAAAUAUGAUUUGACAAUGACAAAUUGGAUUACAUUUGAUUCAUAGUUGUAAUAUGUAGGAAUCUAUAGAAUAAGAAUGUCUAAAUUAUUCUAAAAAGCACACAAACACAGGAGGUUAUAGGUUAUAGGUUAUAGGUUACAGGUUACAGGUUAUAGGUAACACAUUCUGUUUUGUUAUUGAGUUUGUGUCAUUGAUAAAAGAAAUGUGUGAGUAAGAUAUGACAAAUGUUACACCCUCAGUUAAACUAAUAAUGUGUGGCUGAUUAGUAUACUAGAGCUUAGACAGUUAAUCAAAUGUGUUUAUAUCCCAGCAACAGAGUAUAGACUGGUUCCCAAAACAUACAGGGAGGGGGAGUGGAAGGCUUGCAGGAUAUUGUGAGAAUGUGAUAACUGAAGGUUGCAGCCUGCCUGAGCAAGGAGUAGGAAAAGAUAAGAACAGUGUGUGUGUGUGUGACAUGAUGGUCAGGAGAGCAGUUUU